AAGGAGUUCAGAUGGCAAGAACAGGUUCUGCCAAAGACAUACGACUUCCGUUGCCACUCAACGGGUUCCGAUUGGUUCCGUCGGCUACAUGCCCAAAGCUACAUGAACAAAAGCUGUUUGCCUUUUUGCCUCAUCGCAACCACGACCGGCUAUACGUACAUACAUAUAUAUCAAGAAACUCGGUGCAAGUCACUAUUGUCGCAAAGAUCGAACCAUACCCGCCUCACCACCUACCAUAAUGUCUACCGCGAUGCGCGUCUUGGUGCGCCUACCUCGGCAGCUGUCCAGGCGGUCGUUUGGCAUGUCUGCACGCGCCGCACAGUCACCGUUUGGCUCUGGACCUUCGCCCCCACGCCUGCCCAAGGAGGAGCAAGAAAUGUUCGAGAAGCUGCAGAAACAAAGCACCGGUGCCUUUAGCACGCCCAGAGGGAGCGAGGAAGAAGCAGCGCCGUCGUCCAAAGCAAACAUUCGCAUGCAAAUCAAUCAGUCGCCCGACUCAUCAGCAGAGCCAGAGAUUAGGUUCGAGAACGGCAAAGAGAUCAAAAAGGGAGAAGAGUUUCACCCCAACAUGCGAAGAGGCGCACCGCCAGAGUUUGAGGGCGAUGUCAAUCCCAAGACUGGAGAGGUGGGGGGACCAAAGAAUGAACCAUUGAGAUGGGGACACGCCAGCGACUGGAGCUACAACGGAAGGGUGACUGACUUUUAAUCGCGCAAAAGCAUGAAGGAUGGAAGAUGGGACGCUUGACGCGACGUGCAGGAAGUCAGUAGAUAUAGUAAGUAAGCGUAGUAUCAAUUAACUAGUCGAUAAAGUUAUUGUUAUGCUUGGUUG